AUAUUAUUAUGUUUAUUUUUAAUUUUUAUUCAUAAAUAACUGAGAAUUAUUUGAAAUUGAACUUCCGCUUCCUCCCUCCAUCUUCCCAACUACUCCUCCUCUCAACUGAAACACCAUUGUGAACCGUAACGACUUCGGCUGAAGAGAAACUAGAUUCUAAAUUCCAAAAUGGCGGACCAGGAGAUGCCUACCUUUAAAUGCGUCCUUGUUGGAGAUGGAGGUACAGGAAAGACUACGUUCGUCAAACGCCAUCUAACAGGAGAGUUUGAGAAGAAAUACGUUGCCACAUUGGGAGUGGAAGUCCACCCUCUUGUGUUCCACACUAACAGAGGACCAAUCCGGUUCAAUGUUUGGGAUACAGCAGGGCAAGAGAAAUUUGGUGGUCUUAGAGAUGGUUAUUACAUCCAGGGACAAUGUGCAGUUAUAAUGUUUGAUGUGACAUCCAGAGUAACCUACAAGAAUGUUCCUAACUGGCACAGAGAUCUAGUUAGAGUCUGCGAAAACAUUCCCAUUGUCCUCUGUGGCAACAAAGUAGAUAUUAAGGACAGAAAAGUCAAGGCCAAGAGUAUAGUAUUCCACCGAAAGAAGAACCUGCAGUACUAUGACAUCAGUGCCAAGAGCAAUUACAACUUUGAGAAACCGUUCCUGUGGCUGGCGAGGAAGCUGAUUGGAGACCCGAAUCUAGAGUUUGUGGCCAUGCCUGCUCUCGUGCCUCCAGAAGUCACCAUGGACCCACAAUGGCAGACACAGAUCGAGAAGGAUCUCAAGGAAGCGCAAGACACACCGCUGCCUGAAGACGAUGAAGACUUGUGAAAUGUGAUUUUAACCAAAAUGUUUAAUGCCUUCAACACAAAAUCAAUGAACAGUGUAACGACACAUCUUUGGUGUUCAUUCUUAAAGAUGUUAAAAUCUGUCAAGAGCGAUUUCUUGCUAUGUUAAGUUUGUAAACACCUAGGGUUGUUAUAAUACUUUUUCUUUUGUUAAAUUCAAUUAUCUUUUUUUACCUAAUUUAUGUUUCUUCCCUACAUGUUGAUCGACUUAAGUAAAUAUGUAUAAACUGAAUAAACUCAUGUUUAAUUUGUA